GCUUCCGGGUCGAUUCCACACCCUUCUUACCCAACUUCCUUGAAAGCGAGUGUCACCGUCAUUCUCGCAAGAAACCUGUCAAUCGUAGUUAUCAUAAUUUCCCCGACAUCUGACCAAUCCCUUACUCCCCUCGCGCUUCAACCAUGGCACAAGCAUCCGCUGUCGGAGCAAUGCCGCCUGCGAGUGCAGAUCUUGCCACUACCUGGGCCUUCUUGGAAGAAGGUGUCGAUCAUAUAAUGACCCGGCUAAAGGAGGGCGUGCACUAUCAAAAAUACAUGUCGCUCUACACUGUUGCCUACAACUACUGUACUUCAUCACGAAUGCAUGGGAAUCUCGAUCAGAGCACGCUCGGUGGAAGAACCGGUGCCAAUCUCAUGGGGUCCGACCUCUACAAUCAUCUGAUACGUUAUUUUAACCAGCACCUUGUCAGUCUUCGCAGCCACACGGAAAACCUUUCGGAUGAGCCUCUCCUGCGAUAUUAUGCCCAAGAAUGGGAUCGGUACACGACCGGGGCUAAUUAUGUGAACCGUCUGUUCACUUAUCUCAAUCGUCACUGGGUAAAGCGUGAAAAGGACGAGGGACGCAAGGGCGUCUACCAGGUUUACACUCUGGCGCUUGUACAAUGGAGAACGAACCUAUUCGAACCUAUACAAAAUAAGAAUGCUAAGCUAGCAAACGCUGUGCUAAAGAUGAUUGAGGCUCAGCGGAAUGGUCAAACUAUUGACUCUGGGCUUAUCAAGAAAGUCAUCGAUUCGUUUGUGUCACUGGGUUUGGAUGAGACCGAUACGAAUAAAGCCAACUUCGAUGUUUACAGGCAACAUUUUGCUAUACCAUUUAUUGCCGCAACUUCCGAUUACUACCAGAUAGAAUCAAAAGCAUUCCUUUCCGAGAAUACUGUGAGCGCAUACAUGAAGAAAGCCGAGGAUCGUCUUCGGGAGGAGGAAGACCGUGUAGAGCGAUACCUUAGCACCACCACCCGGAAGACGCUUUUAAGCAAAUGCGAGGAGCGGCUGAUAUCUGACCACAAGGAAUUCCUGAUUAGUGAUUUCCAGAAUCUACUGGACUUCGACAAGGACGAGGACCUCCAGCGAAUGUACGCCCUCCUUUCAAGGAUCCCGGAUGGUCUAGAACCACUCCGUGUUAAGUUUGAAGAACACGUGAAGGCCUCCGGCCUUGGCGCCGUGUCGAAGAUAAUACCCGAGGAUGGUGAGCCCAAAGUUUACGUCGAUGCCCUGUUGGAAGUGCACAAGAAGAACUCGGACACUGUCAACCGGAGCUUCAGAGGGGAAGCUGGUUUUGUCGCUAGUCUCGAUCGAGCGUGCAAAGAGUUUGUUAACAAGAACGCUGCGACAGGCACCUCAACAACUAAAUCUCCCGAAUUGCUCGCUAAGCAUGCGGAUGCGCUGCUCCGCAAGAAUAAUAAGCUUAGCGAGGAAGGGGAUCUCGAGGAAGCGCUUAACCAAGUGAUGGUUUUCUUCAAGUACAUCGAAGAUAAGGAUGUCUUUCAGACAUUUUACAGCACGAAGCUGUCGAAACGCCUCAUUCAUGGCGUCUCAGCUUCCGAAGAGGCUGAAGCUAGCAUGAUCUCGAAGUUGAAGGAGGCUUGUGGUUUCGAAUACACGAAUAAGCUGCAACGCAUGUUCACUGACAUGAGUUUGAGCAAAGAUCUCACCCAACAGUUCAAAGAGAAACAGGAGAGCCUUCCAGACCCAGAGGAUAUAAACUUCGUCGUCAUGGUGCUAGGAACGAAUUUCUGGCCGCUAACGCCCCCAACACAUAACUUCAACAUCCCCGAAGAUCUGUCCAAGACUUAUGAGCGGUUCCAACGAUAUUAUCAGCAGAAGCACUCGGGGCGAAAACUGACGUGGUUAUGGAAUUACUCCAAGAACGAGCUGCGUACCAGCGGGUACAAUCAGAAAUAUAUCCUGAUGACAAGCGCGUACCAAACGGCUGUUCUCGUUCAAUACAAUCACAAUGACACGAUGUCCCUGGAGGAACUCGUUGCUGCCACCGCGCUCCCCAAGGAUACAUUGCUACAGAUUCUGGCGGCACUGGUGAAAGCUAAGAUCCUCAUCAAUGAGGAGCCAGAGCAAUAUGAUUACAACCCCGGCUUCAAGUCAAAGAAGAUUCGAGUGAACCUCAAUCAACCGAUCAAAGCGGAAGUCAAGGCAGAGCAGUCUGAGGUUCUUAAAACCGUGGACGAGGACCGUAAAUAUGUCAUCCAGGCGACUAUAGUUCGCAUUAUGAAAGCUCGCAAGACAUUGAAGAAUCAGAUACUUAUUGCGGAGGUGACCAAUCAGCUGGCCUCGAGGUUCACCCCCAAGGUUGUAGAUAUCAAGAAGGCUAUUGAGACUUUGCUGGAGAAGGAUUACAUUGAGCGCAACGAGAAAGAAAAGGAUACAUUCAAUUACCUUGCUUGAUUGGGGCGCAGCAUGUGUUAGUUUCCCAUUUUUCGUCUCUGCUUACCACCUCUUCAACAGGCUCGCUUUGAUCACCAUUUUCACCUCUUGUACAUGUCUCAUCUGCACCUACAUUAAUCUAGUUCUAUUGCAACAGAGAGACCGUUCCUUCGAUCUUAAUCUAAGGAUCACGCACGG